UCCUUCAGUGGGUAUCAGUGCAACAUUUAGUGUACAGUGUUACAGUCAUGAAGUUUUAUAUUGCAAUCCUCGCCCUCACCGCUUCGGUUCUAGCUGAGCCAGAAUCAAGCAAAGUGGUUCAAAAGAGAAGUGGCCUUGUCGGACAUUAUGGCGGACUUGGACAUGGCUAUGGUGGAUACUCAUCGGGCAUUGGAAUAGGCAGUGGAUACGGUUUGGGAAGUUAUGCAAGCGGCAUCGGAGGAUAUGGCAGCGGCAUUGGCGGAUAUGGCAGCGGCAUCGGCGGGUAUGGAAGCGGUAUCGGCGGAUAUGGUAGCGGGAUUGGAAUUGGCGGGGCCAUAGUAGGCGCUGACGUACACACCACUGUUACCAAACAUGUUGGUGUACCAGUACCUGCUCCUUAUCCAGUGGCUGUUGAUAGGCCUGUUGCUGUGCCUGUUAAGGUUGCAGUACCUGUACCAGUGGACCGUCCAUACCCCGUUGCCGUUCCCAGGCCUUACCCAGUAACUGUGGAGAAGCACGUUCCAGUUCCAGUAGACAGGCCAGUACCAGUGCCAGUUCCUCAUGCUGUGCCCUACCCAGUUGUGAAACAGGUUGGUGUUCCAGUUCCAGCUCCUUACCCCGUACCAGUAGCUAAGCCAGUGGCAGUUCCUGUGCCCCAUCCAGUUGCCGUUCCAGUCUCUUCUGGCAUCAUCUCCUCAGGAAUCGGCUUAGGAUACUCUGGCGGCUACGGCGGUGGUUACGGAGGUUCAUACGGAGGCGGAUAUGGCAGUUCUUAUGGAGGCGGAUAUGGCAGCUCUUACGGAAGCGGGUACGGAGGUAGCUAUGGACUCCAUGGCCACAAGAUCUGGUAAAUGGUUCGACUUGGUUAUUGGAAGAAAAUCGAAAAUUUCAAAGCAUAUAAUAAAACUUCUAUUAACGCUAAAAACUGCAUAGAAAGACAUGAAUUUCAGAUUCAGCAACAUUUUUAAUUGAUCGAGACUAAUCCAAUAACCAGAAAGGCGGCGUUGGAGGCUAUAGUCACUUUGUGAUCUAGGUUAUAUGGGAUAGGGCGUGCAAUGUUGUAUACAAAAUAAAUAUAUAUUAAUAUUUUAAAAGUUCUACGAUAGUUUGAAAAAACAUGUUCGGAACUUUAGCUUUCCUGCCAAUAUCUGUUUUAUCUGUUUGUAUUCUGCGUAAAUGUUUUUGUUCGUUUGAUAUAUAUCCUGCGAUCUCUAUAUGGGGGCAAUUUAUGUACCUGGUAUUGUAUAUAGUAUUUUUAAUUAGAUUAAGUUCAUUUACGAGUUUAUAUCGACCGCAGUCGACUAAAUACUAUUACGAUUUUUAAUAAACUUUUCAAAUUA